UACAACUGUCUUCUCUCGUCUCAUCAAUUUGUAAUCGCUGUAAUGAAUCCAAGAAAUAUGUAAGAAGAAAUCUUCAUCUGGAAAAGCAAGAAUCUGUAAUGAAUUCAAGAAUCAACUCAUCGGCAUCGAUUUCUCUGACAUUAGGGGAACGGAUCUGCAUCUCAUUCAUUCCAUGCAUUACUUUAAUUGAGGCGUUGAUAUUUGCCUUCUCUGGUUGCUUUGAGUGCCGAUGUAAGCGAAGAAGAUGUAAAUAUGGAUAUCGUGAACUUGCUAUCUUAUCUGCUGAAUCGCGAUUUUCUGUCAAUGAAAUUGAGGCUUUGUAUGAAUUGUUUAAGAAGUUAAGCAGUUCAAUCAUUGAUGAUGGCUUAAUACAUAAGGAAGAACUUAAGCUAGCACUGUUCAGAACCCCAUAUGGCGAUAAUCUCUUUUUAGAUCGGGUAUUUGCUGUUUUUGAUGAGAAAAAGAAUGGUGUCAUUGAAUUUGAGGAAUUUGUUCAUGCACUUAAUAUAUUUCAUCCCUAUGCUCCCAUAGAAGAGAAAAUAGACUUUGCAUUCAGGCUUUAUGACCUGAGACAGACUGGCUUCAUUGAGAGGGAAGAAGUAAAGAUGAUGGUAAUUGCGAUAUUGAUGGAAUCUGAUGUGAAACUCUCAGAUGAUCUUCUUGAGGCUAUAUUAGACAAAACAUUUGCUGAUGCUGAUGCGGAUAUGGAUGGUAAAAUCAAUAAAGAAGAAUGGAAAGACUUUGCAUUGCGAAAUCCUAGUCUUUUGAAGAACAUGACUCUGCCAUAUUUAAAGGACAUCUCUACAGUAUUUCCAAGUUUUGUCUUCAACACCGAGGUUGAAGAUUGAAUGUUGGGAUUCUCGAACAACAUCUAUCCGGGUGAAAUGGUUAGAAUGGCUGUUUGUUCAUCGCGGCUAGAAACAAGCCAACUGGGGAUGGCGAACCCUCACAGUUUUUGAAUGGUUAGAAUGUCUAUUGUGUACUUAUUAAUAUUAGUCAAAAAGAUCGUAUAAAGUAGGUAAAAAGAUCGUGUAGUAUAAGAUUAAUUGAAAACUGGUAUUUUAUAUCAAUAGAA